GGGAAGAUUUUUAAGUGGAGAGCGGUGGUUGAGGUUUCAUCUUUGGAUUCCAGCGUCCGAUUUUGUUUCUCUUUAGGAAUCCCUUCUCUCAAGACGCUAUUAGUUUUGUACUUUCAAAGCGCCCUCUGGCAACAGAGCAGCAUGGUCGGCUCGCGAUCCUUCUGGAGCCCCAGAGGACAUAAAGGGAGAAAAGUUCACGUUCAGCUACUCAGAGUGUGGUCUGCCAGGAUCGCUUAGGGACAGGUGAUUUACACUUGCCAGGGUUACAAAAGAGCUUCAGGACGAGGAUCGAGUCCCUACGUUAGAGUCGGUGGAUGGGUGAGGAGGGGGGCGGGCGCUCAGGUCGGCCUUGGCAAGUUGCCCAGGGUCUGGAAGCGCUGGGAGACAUUUUAGUCCGGGCCGCCCACGGGCGCUCCUCUGGCAAAGAAGAGGAGGAGGCGCCGUGCAGGGAAGAGAGGACUGGUUAGGCGUCCCGUCCGGCCAGGAGUGGGAGCAAGGAGUCCUCCUGGGAGUUUCCAGCCCAGGCGGCCAGGACAGCGGUCACGCAGCAGCCGAGAGACGCGCACGGUUGCUUCUCCAUCCUCCUCCCAGCGCACUGAUGCCCACACCCCCGGGCGCCCCGCCCUCCGCGGCCUUAUAGAAGGGGCCCGCACCUCGCGCGCCUCGGAGCUACAGGCUUCCCGGAGCCGACGGCGGGGCGCCGCCGCCAGAGGAAAGAAGUGAGGCGGAGGCUACGCCCCGCAUCAUGGAGGGCAGCCCAGCCCUAGCCCCAGUCCGGGUGGACACCGACCUUCGCCGCCGCCCGCGCCCCGCCCGCCAGCUCCCGCUGCUGCUCUCCGGGCACCGUCCCCUCCUCACCUCGAAGCCAACAUGAAGGAGACCCGGGGCGACGGGAGCGCCCCUUUCUGUACCCGCCUCAACCACUCUUACCCGGGCAUGUGGUCGCCCGAGCUCUCCGCCGCGGCGCGGGGCAACCUCACAGGUUCCCGGGACCCCCGCGAGGACUGCGGCUCGGUGUCGGUAGCCUUCCCCAUCACCAUGUUGAUCACCGGCUUCGUGGGCAACGCGCUGGCCAUGCUGCUCGUGUCGCGGAGCUACCGGCGGCGGGAGAGCAAGCGCAAGAAGUCGUUCCUGCUGUGCAUCGGCUGGCUGGCGCUCACAGACCUGGUCGGGCAACUGCUCACCAGCCCGGUGGUCAUCGUCGUGUACCUGUCCAAGCAGCGCUGGGAGCAUCUCGACCCGUCGGGGAGGCUCUGCACCUUCUUCGGUCUGACCAUGACCGUCUUUGGGCUCUCCUCGCUCUUCAUCGCCAGCGCCAUGGCCGUCGAGCGGGCGCUGGCCAUCCGGGCGCCGCACUGGUACGCGAGCCACAUGAAGACGCGCGCCACCCGCGCGGUGCUGCUCGGCGUGUGGCUGGCGGUGCUCGCCUUCGCCCUGCUGCCGGUGCUGGGCGUAGGCCAGUACACCAUCCAGUGGCCCGGGACAUGGUGCUUCAUUAGCACCGGGGAAGGAGGCAACGGGACUAGCGCUUCGCACAACUGGGGCAACCUCUUCUUCGCCUCCACCUUUGCCUUCCUGGGGCUCUCGGCGCUGGCCGUCACCUUCGCCUGUAACCUGGCCACCAUUAAGGCCCUGGUGUCCCGCUGCCGGGCCAAGGCCACGGCGUCGCAGUCCGGCGCCCAGUGGGGCCGGAUCACCACCGAGACGGCCAUCCAGCUCAUGGGGAUCAUGUGCGUGCUGUCAGUCUGCUGGUCGCCGUUGCUGAUAAUGAUGUUGAAAAUGAUCUUCAAUCAGACAUCGGUUGAGCACUGCAAGACUCACACUGAAAAGCUGAAAGAAUGCAACUUCUUCUUAAUAGCUGUGCGCCUGGCUUCACUGAACCAGAUCUUGGAUCCCUGGGUUUAUCUGCUGCUAAGAAAGAUCCUUCUUCGAAAGUUUUGUCAGAUCAGGCACCACACAAACAACUAUGCAUCCAGUUCCAACUCCUUACCCCACCAGUGCUCCUCAACCUUGAUGUGGAGUGACCAGUUGGAAAGAUGAAAAACGGAGCUGAAUUUUUAUUGAAAUUCCUGCUUGCCUGAGUUUGUGUAUAUCUUCCCACCUGAGAAGGAGAAUUUAUGUUUGAUUUGGAUUGUUUCUUCAUUUUCAUCUUUGAAAAAAAUUUAGUAUUUCUUCUUUUCAGUAAUACCCACUGAAACCAGGUUUAUUAUCAUGCUUUGUGUCUCUGAGUAUCAAAUUGGCUUCUGGGACUGGGUUUUGAGUACAUAUUUAAGAAGUUGGGCAUGAUUUCACAGAUAACGAUUGGUGAAAAGUGUGAAAAAGAAAAACCCAUUUUCCGAGAGUUUUCCUCCAACUUCAAACCUUUGCCUGAAUCUCAACCAGUGCGGACAUCUUUACAUUUUAUGGUAGUCUUGAUUUUAUAAGGAGUUUGAAAAAAAUCAAUAUAAGCUUUCAACAAUGAAAAGUUAACAUUUUGAGAGCAAGAAUUCAAUGAAUAGGACAUAAACUUAAAUGAGAUAGAAAAGGGUGCCCAGAUGAAGGCAGGAGGGUGCCAUGAUAAAUGAUAUUUAGCCAAACAUGUGAUGAAUGUAUUGGAGAUACUGUGUCCCUCUGGACUAAGUUUGGAACUAAACAUCUGUAGGUCUGUGUUCUGGUUAUGUCUCACAGUGUACUGGCAAUCAAUGUAAGGGUUAUGUGUCUUUGAAGACUGAAAAGAGUGGAUGCAGCUAAGGGCUUUCCUGAAAUGUCACAGGAAACAAUACUGAGGCUACAUGAUUAGCUGUUGUGUUAGAGUAGUAAAAAAAAAGAAAUCCAGGCACAGCCCUCUGAUUUACCACUAUCUGUUCAGGAUUUCUUAAAAUUUCUUCCCAGGUGUCACACAAAAAGGCAAAACUAGUAAGUGACAUAGUUAUUCAAUAGCAAAUUUUGUUACAUUUUAUACAAAAGAAACUAUGUCAUCUGAAUUGAAAUGAGAAAUUCUAUGAACUUUUAACAUAUACUUCUGAGCAUUGGAUGUCUUUCAGCUAAUGUCCUUAGCUGUUUGUAAAUUCAACCAAUCUUUCUUUCUCUUGCCUUUCUUCCCACUUCCGCACCUCCCUCCUUCCUUUUCCUCUUAUCAUUCACUUAAUGCAACACGUAUUUAUUGAGUGUCCUUCUUUAGGCAUUGUGCUAAGGGCCAUGCUGUGACCUACAUCUUAGGAAGACAUGAUAAUAUGGUAACAGUAGUUUUGCCAUACAAGCCUGUACUGUGAUUCCACUGUCAUCUCUGUCAACUAGAUUAAACCAAAAACAGUGAAUCAUUCCUUUAAGUAGUUGAAUCAGUUGUGGAUUAGCUGGAAAAUUAUAUUCAUUCGAACUUGUAUUUUAAAUGGCUUUAUUUAACACACAAAGAUGAUGUAUCUAAUCCCUUUAUUCAGGUUUAAAUUCAAUGAAUUCUUUUGAGCAACCAGAAUUUGCCAAUAAUCAUAAGAAUGUCCUUGCUUCUGUUACCACUAUCUGUCUAUCAUCCAUCUACGUGGUUGUCUGGUUGUCAUAUAUUUAUUAUUUUAUUUUUACAAAAGAAGCCCAAGUCUACAGAGGGCUUGCCCAAUGUCACAUGGCUAAUAUAAGAAUUCAGAUUCAUUGUAAGUUCUUUGAUUCCAGGUUUAUUGUUCUUCCUAUACUACAGUGGGGAUGUGAGAUCUGCCUUGAUGAUAUUCCAUUUAUAAGACGAUGUGAUAUAGUAAUAGAAGCAUGGAUUUUCGAAUGAAACCUGGAUUUAAAUCUGGCUGUCCACUUAUUAGCUCCUUGACCUUGAGAAAUCUGAUUAAUUUCAUUAAAUCUCAAUGAAUUAAUCAAUAAAUUAAAGAUAAUAAUAUUUUAAUAAUAAAUUAAAGAUAAUAAUACUAAAGAUAAUAAUAAAUUGAAGAUAAUGUAUGUAAAGUGAGUCUAACACAGUAGAUGCUCAAUAAAUCUUAAUUGCAACUAAUUCUUUAUCUAGACUUAUCUCCAGCUAUAUAAUAUAAGUUCUCAAUUUCAACUAUAAACUGGCUUUCUGAUUGUGUAGGUUUACAUGUCAUGGACAGAAUCAACUUCAAAUCUCUUGAUGCUGUUCUCAUUUAUAAUAUUUUAUGAUUACUUUUUCCCAUGCAAAACCUACCCAUCUUCCACAUGUGCAACUUUCAUCUUGUCCUUGGGUCUUGAACAAUUAAAGUAUCUUUUUUUCUCUCCUUACCUUUAUCCAACUCUGAAGUUACAUAGUUCUCAUUUUGAUGAUUAUUGUAUUAUUCUUCAAUUAUUUUCAUUACAUAUUUUCCCCCUUAACAAAAAUUCUAUUUCUUUGUGGGCAGAACCCUUUUCUUAUAUUUUCUUUGUAAGUCUUUUAGCACUGGUGCAGUAUUUGACCCCAAGAAAGAUGCUCCUUAUUUGGUAAAUUCUCAAUGAAGAUAAAAUUUAUGUACAAUAUUAGCAGUUGCCAAUUUAAAUGAAUGUGAUAGAAAGUCUUUCAUUUCUGUGUUGCUAUUCAACUUGGGAAAUUUUAUGUAAAACUUCCCUGAUUUAAAAAUGCUAAUCCAGGCAGAAUAGUCACCUGCAGUUUAAUGUAAUAAAGUUUACUAAAGCUAUCUAGGUGAAAGUCAUAAGGUUAUAAAAUGGUUAGAAAGGUUUGAAAAAUAAUGACUCUUUGGUAAAGAUAUUUCUUACACAAUUAAGAAUGAUCUUUGUCCAAUUAGUUUGAAAUCUGAUGGAAAGACGGUAUAUGUCAAUAUAAAAUACUUCUGAGGUUUUCAUUUGUAACCCAUAGAAAUGUAUCCAUUUCAUACUAAAUACACCCAAAAUAAUAAGUCCUAUAACAUAUGUUUUCAAGUAUUCUAGAUCAUGAUUCAGCAAUACACGGAUUCUUAACAAGGCUUUCCUCUUCAUUUUUUAAAUUACCAUCCGUAUACAUGGAUUCUCAUAAUUAUGUAAUGUGGUUACACUGAGAAUAGAACUAGUCCUCAAAAUAAAACAAAUUUCUGCCAUAAAGAGUUACAUGUGCGAAACGGGCCUUGAUCUACAGUUUUAUUGUAAUUAUAGUGCCUACUGUAGAGCUCUGUGGAAUACAUAUGCAAAACAAAUCUGUGGUAUUAAUAUGCUUUGCAGCUGAGUUGUAUAGACCUGGUUCCUGACUGCAUAUAAUAUAUUCUGUGUAAUUUUAGACCUGCGACUUCUGUGUUGGAAGAACAAAUUCCUGCCUACUCCCACCUCCAUCCUAUUGCAGAUUUCAUACAGCACCAGCGCAAGCCAGUGUGAAACAGACAAACAAAAAUAAACACCCAACUAUUCUGUUCUCAGGAGAGGUUGGACCAGGGUACCAUGAAAAGGAAUGGCAUAUUAGGGAAUGGCAUAAUAGAGAAUAUAAGGUUUAGAAGAUUAGGCUUCCAUCAGAAGCUAUAUUAUCCAAAUUCUUCCAAGAAGGGGGGAGAAAAUAAGAGUCUUCAUGUUUUAUAUGUAUAUGUGUAUGUGUGUCUUACAUCUAUAUGUGGAUUUUGGUCCCUGAAAUCUAUGAAAAUUCAGACAAAGUCGAAUAUACUGUUUUUACUGUCUAUAUGAUUGACUUUAAAAACUUAAACAAAUAACACAACCCAGGCUAUAAAGGAACAUAUAAACUAGUUAAGAGAACAAUUUUUUUCAGUAUCUUCACUAGUUGGAAGCACACUCUAAAGAAACCUAUUGUUAAGAUAAUUAUUCAGGCACCUUAAGGAUCUGUAUAAGACAUAUCUUGCUUGACAUACUUUUAAUGAUUAAGAAUACUUCAAUGUUUAAUUGCUGUCUUCAAAAUAUUUGUGCUCAUAUUUUUUCAUUAAUCCAGGCUUUUACUGAAUAUUUUGAUAAUUGUUAAUUCAAAAUAUCUCUAGGAUCAUCCUAUGUAUAAAAGUGUUUCUCCAUUUCAUUCAGGUUCUAGGACUUUAUUUUUUUAUUAUCUGAAGUGCUUUUUUAUAUAAAAAUAAUAUGUACAAAAUGUAUUUUUAAGAGAUUUUAUACAUUGUUUUAACAAAAUUCUCAGCCAUAUUGUAAGCUCCUUGUGGGCAGGACCCAUGUUUUAUGUAUCUCUUGUACCUAAAGAGCUUAGAACAGUACUAAACUCAUAGAAAUUACUCAAUAAAACCUUGAUGGAGAGGCUAA